CCCCCGUUACUGAUUUUUCAGUUUCAGAGAAUGAAAAGAGGGUAAUGGUGUAAUUUUUCCUCUUGAAAAAGUCCUCUCCAGGCAUAUCGGUUCCUAUAGGUACCGUUCGUGAAAUCCGAGUCCGGGAGGCUCCAAAAGAGAAAAGAGAGAAGAUGGUUGAUAUUAUCAGCUUAUGCUCUAUCGAGUGUUGGAUAGGAGAUUUGGACGGUCUGUAUCGCGAGAAUCGCCGUGCAAGAGAAGGAGAGGAUUUCAUUUCAUUUGCCGUUCGGAUCUCUCAAUCUUCCUUCCAUUUUUAGAUAUCGUAGAUAUUAAACGGAGAUGGCUUCCGGACUCUACGCUGCUACAUCCUUUUCCAUCUUUUCUUCUCCCUUUUCCAAUUCCAAUUUCCCAUCCAAACGCUCCCAAAUCUACACCCCUCCUCUCAUUUCACCUCUUUCCUUCCUCUGCCGAAGCCAUAACAUUCACAGCAGCAGUACUAGCAGCAGUAACCUCCAAUUCGUCCUCCACGACUCUCUUGAUGACUCCGGCAUCGAUACCACACAUGCCAGGGCCGCCAGGGAUGGCUUUUGCUCCCAGAUCCAACGGCUUUCAAGAAUAGAGAGAGAGACAAGCAUAACCAUCAACAGAGGAGUUGAUCUGGGGAAAGUGGCCCUGCACAUUGCUGCAGAAGAUGACGCACUAGUCUCCCAUUCUUCUGUGCCUCUUCCAGUUGAUUCGUUCAUUGAAAGAUUGGACGAUCUGUCUAUGGGUUUCUGCUCGCUAUACAUUCCCCCUGUUGGAUCAUCUCCUGAACUUUUCCUCGGGAAUCUGGAGAGGUACUUCUAUGUGCACAAGGGUUUCCAUAGAAGCAUCGCCAAGAAUCAAUUGGAUGUACAAGCAUUGUACCUUCAUUCGGUUUUGACUCGUCGUUCAGGAUCUGCAACUAUGCUUUCACUUGUUUACUCAGAAAUGUUAAAGAUGCUACGAUUGUGUGGCUUUCUAGAUUUUGAUGUGGAGAUUUACUUUCCUCACGAUCCGAUCAAUCUUCCUAGAGGCUAUAAUAAACACAAAAGCAAAUUGUCUGAUGAACUUCAUAUACUGACGGUGCAGUCCCUCUUGGUUGAGAUCUUGAAGAAUCUGAAAGAUGCUUUUUGGCCAUUUAAGUAUGAUCAUGCUGGGAGUCUGUUCCUAAGGGCAGCUUAUGCUGCAAACUGCGUUGGACAAGGCACUGCCAAAGGAGGGUCUUUUAAGUCCAGCAACACUUUGAGUGGACUUGAGUUUGCAUCUGCCAAGGCAGCUCAACAUAGACUGGGGCGUGGAGUAUGGACCAGUGUGCAUUUUGGGGAUAUGCGGCGUGCAUUAGCUGCCUGCGAACGCCUUAUUCUCUUGGGGUGUGAUUCCCAGGAAUUAAGAGAUUACAGUGUGCUUCUUUACCACUGUGGAUUUUAUGAGGAAUCUUUUCAGUACCUCAAAUUGUAUCAAGACUCGAUGCAAUGUGCCACACGAAAGGAAUUUUCUUCUAAUCCAUCUGCGGAGCUAGAAGAGGAUGCCGUGGAGAAAUUGAUGACUCGUCUUAACCUCAUAUUAAUGGAGGAAGGUUGGAACAAAUCUUCACUUGGUAGAAACUUUUGGGGUAACUACUCUGAACCAUGGUAGCAUCUCAUUUUCCGUCUGUCUUUAAGCUAUUGUAUCCAUGUUAAGGAUGAGCAAUUCAAGAAGUGCUCAGGCAACUUGUACGAGGAGAUACUAAAUAGGCAAUUCCCAAUACAUGUGGCACACAUGAGUCAGAUCCCAAUGAUUCAUCAUGACGGGUCCAUGAACAUGUCCAGUUAUUAACUCAGUUUGUUUGCUCAUUAGCACUUGUCGGCAUGAGUUUAAUGGAUAUCUUGAGAAAAGAUGACCAACAAUCUAUCCUCCAAGAGUGCAUGCAGCCUUCCUGAUUGAUAGACUGGCUUGAUUUUCUGGCCACAGCAUGUUCAUUAUGGUCCCGACCUGAUGAGUGAGCCUGGGCAUUGGCAUAUGUGCCACUAAAUCGCUUCCUCAACUAUCUCGUAAAUCGCCUUGGCAUUUCUCUAAGCAACAUAUGGCCAGCAGUUACCAUAUUAUCGAAUUAGUCAGUGGAUGGAUAAUGUUAUGGUAGAUCAGGGGUAAGUAAGGGAAAUGUAAUGAAGGGAUGCAAAGCUGUGCAUUAUACAGAGUUAUGGAAAUGGGCAUGGGGAAAGAUAUACCCUGUAUUAGAUUCAUGAGUGUCAUUGAAAGUAAUGUAUGCGUGAUAAUUAACACUCUGUACAAAUGUUUAUACUGUAUUAUAACAGAUAAUUUCAUUGAAAAAGCAACUUGGAAGAAAAUAAGAAAAGAAAUGAGCAGUGAAAUCUCUUCCUUUGA